AUGAAGGAGUGUCCUAAUAAGCGUGUAUUGAUCAUUCGUGAAGACGGCGAGUAUGACUCUGCUAGUGAUUUUGAUGAAGACACAUAUGCCUUGCUUGCUGCACAUGAAGAUGAUGACACAAGACCAGAGCAAGAGGAAGAACAUGUGACCGCCGACGACGCCGAUAAGCACAUGAGUCUUAUAUCACAUCGUGUACUUAGUGCUCAGAUUGUCAAAGCAAAGAAGGAUCAACGUCACAACCUAUUCCACAUCAAAGGAGUCGUCAAGGAGCGUUCCGUUCGCAUAAUCAUUGAUGGAGGGAUCUGUAACAAUUUAGCAAGCAUUGACAUGGUGGAGAAGCUCUCCCUACCUUCCCGACAACAUCCACAACCUUACUACAUUCAAUGGUUUAAUGAUGGUGGAAAAGUAAAGACCUCCUCGUCGCGCGCAUCCUCGCCCACUCCGUCGCCGCGCGCCCACACGCGCGUCGCCACGCCCUUCGCCAACGAGAACCAGCCCCCGCUCGUCCCGCCCUCCACCCGCAGGCGAGCCGUGCAGAAGCUGUUCGGCGAAAUCGGCGCCAACCCGCGGGCCUCCGUCUCCUCCUCCGCCGCCGGCGCCCCGCCCCCCAGGCUCCUGCCCCGCGCGUCCAGCGGGCCGGCCCCGUCCACGGGGCGCAGGGGCUACCCACGCCCCCCCACGCCCGCGCGCGCCUCAUCCUGCCCCUCCUCCGCGGACGACGCCGCGUCCUGCAGCUCCACGGACACCUCCUCCACCCUGACCGACUGCUCCGAGCCUGAUGGGAUCCUGGUGCCCGCCGCGCCCUGCGAGAGCCCGCCGCUGCUCGGCCCGGCGUCCUGCCGCGGCGGGCGCCUGUCGUCGGAGCUCCGGUCGUCGGUUCCUGAGUCGGGCGGGUCCACGCGCGGGGCGGCCAUCCCGCUGUGCCACCGAUCGCUUAAUUCGGCUCUCUCGAGCUGCCCGGCUCCGGCGGCGAAGGUGAUGGCGGCGCCAAGGCCACCGCAUCCACAUGGGACGAAACUAGCGGAGAUGAAGAAGGCGGCGGUCAUUGGGGGGAGAAAGGUUGCCGGGAAGCAGGAGGACGUGCACCAGCUGCGGCUGCUGGACAACCGCUACGUUCAGUACAGGUUUCUGAACGCCCGGGGGGCAGAGGCGGCCAGGGCCAAGGCUGCUGCGGCGGAGAACUCCCUGUUCGGACUGGCUGAGAGAAUUGCUGGGCUACGAGAAUCAGUCGCUGAUAAGAGGGCAGAGGCUGAGAAGAUCAAGAGGGAUCAGAGAUUGUGCUCAAUUUUUGGUGGUCAGGUGCCGUAUUUGGAUCGAUGGAGUGAUGUUGAGGAGGAUUAUUCCAGCUGCUUGACAGGGGCAACAUCUGCGCUGCAUAACGCCUCACUAAGGCUGCCUAUAAUUGGGGGUGUUAGGGCAAACUAUGAGGAAAUCUCGGAAGUUCUUAACUCUGCUGCGCAACUACUGGAGCCGGCGUCGCCUCUUGUUCGAAAUUUAUUACCAAAGGUUGAAGAAGUUGAUGGUGUGGCCUCCAAACUUGCACAAAUAAUCACUAGUGAAAGGGACUUGAUAGAAGAGUGUGGGAAUCUACUAAAUCAAGCACACCAUAUGCAGAUGAGGGAGUACAGCUUGAGAAGCCAGCUGCUGCAGUUGAGAAGUUGAAGUGAAAGCGGAGGAAGCGCAGAAAAUGAACACGACACCAAGUCAUAUCUUCCGACCAGUGGAGCUAAUUGUGCUCACCACUGGAAACAUCUUCCAGUAGGAGGGAGAGGUGGCCUGAUGAUCAUACAAAGUAAAAGGCAGAAGUAUCCUUCUGCUCUUUUUUUUGUUGGCGGGAAGAAGUCCUUCUGCUGAUCAAGAAUUCCUGAUUCUUUGUGGUAUAUAUGGUGUUUUUGUCUUUGGCCUCUCGUUUCUGUUAUCCUUGUGUAGCCAUGGAAAGAAUAAACUGAUAGAAGCAUUGCCCUUUACAUAAUCAAAAUUCGUUGAUUC